AUGAAACCAGAUGAAUCAGUGAGAGUUCAUCGUCACAGUUCAUUGGCGCUGACCACCACUGUUCAGCACAGUACGUUGUUGGUGGAGGCAAGUAAACCGCCCACAAGUAAACUGCCCACAAGUAAACCACCCACAAGUAAACCGCCCACAAGUAAACCGCCCACAAGUAAACUGCCCACAAGUAAACCGCCCACAAGUGAACUGCCUGCACGUAAACUGCCUGCACGUAAACUGCCUGCACGUAAACUGCCAGCACGUAAACCGCCCACAAGUAAACCGCCCACAAGUAAACCGCCCACAAGUAAACCGCCCACAAGUAAACUGCCCACAAGUAAACCGCCCACAAGUAAACCGCCCACAAGUAAACCGCCCACAAGUAAACUGCCCACAAGUAAACCGCCCACAAGUAAACCGCCCACAAGUAAACCGCCCACAAGUAAACCGCCCACAAGUAAACCGCCCACAAGUAAACCGCCCACAAGUAAACCGCCAACAAGUAUACUGCCCACAAGUAAACCGCCCACAAGUAAACUGCCCACAAGUAAACUGCCCACAAGUAAACCGCCCACAAGUAAACAGCCCACAAGUAAACCGCCCACAAGUAAACCGCCCACAAGUAAACCGCCCACAAGUAAACCGCCCACAAGUAAACCGCCCACAAGUAUACUGCCCACAAGUAAACCGCCCACAAGUAAACCGCCCACAAGUAAACCGCCCACAAGUAAACCGCCCACAAGUAAACCGCCCACAAGUAAACCGCCCACAAGUAAACCGCCCACAAGUAAACCGCCCACAAGUAAACCACCCACAAGAAAACCGCCCACAAGAAAACCGCCCACAAGUAAACCGCCCACAAGAAAACCGCCCACAAGAAAACCACCCACAAGUAAACCGCCCACAAGUAAACCACCCACAAGUAAACCACCCACAAGUAAACCGCCCACAAGUAAACCGCCCACAAGUAAACCGCCCACAAGUAAACUGCCCACAAGUAAACCACCCACAAGUAAACCACAUACAAGUAAACCGCCCAUAAGUAAAAUGCCCACAAGUAAACCGCCCACAAGUAAACCGCCCACAAGUAAACUGCCCACAUGUAAACUGCCCACAAGUAAUCUGCCCACAAGUAAACCGCCCACAAGUAAACCACAUACAAGUAAACUGCCCACAAGUAAACCGCCCACAAGUAAACCGCCUACAAGUAAACCGCCCACAAGUAAACCGCCCACAAGUAAACUGCCCACAAGUAAACCACAUACAAGUAAACCGCCCACAAGUAAACUGCCCACAAGUAAACUGCCCACAAGUAAACCACCCACAAACAAACUGCCCACAAACAAACUGCCCACAAGUAAACCACCCACGAGUAUAGGGACUACCACAGCCUGGGAGGCAACAUGGCAAUAA